CCCCUUUCUUAUUUUCCCCCAACAACUUUCUCUCCCUCCCGCUAGCAAACCCAAGGAAGCCAUCUUCAAUGCUGAGGAUGGUUACGUGAAAAUGUUCCUCCGGGGACGCCCCAUCCCCAUGUUUGUCCCCGAUGCGGUGGUGGCCACUUACAGCCUGGACGCCAAGCUGGAGCUGCCGCACAAGAAGCUGAAGCUGGACUGGGUAUACGGGUACCGGGGCCGCGACUGCCGGGCCAACCUUUUCCUGCUGCCCACGGGAGAGAUCGUCUAUUUCGUGGCCGCCGUGGCCGUCCUUUACAAUGUGGAGGAGCAGCGGCAGCGCCACUACCUGGGCCACACCGACGAUAUCAAGUGUUUGACGGUGCAUCCAGAUAUGGUGACCGUAGCAACUGGACAGGUGGCCGGGACCUCAAAGGAUGGCAAGGUGAUGCCGCCCCAAGUGCGCAUCUGGGACUCCGUGAGCCUCAACACCCUCCACGUCCUGGGGCCUGGACCCUUCGACCGAGCGGUCACCUGUGUGGGAUUCUCCAAGUCUAAUGGGGGUGGCCUCCUGUGUGCCGUGGACGACUCCAACGACCACGUUCUCUCCGUCUGGGACUGGCAGAAGGAGCAGAAGCUGGCGGACGUGAAGUGUUCCAACGAGUCCGUCCUGGCCGCCACCUUCCACCCCACGGAGCCCACCCUCCUCAUCACCUGCGGCAAGUCCCACAUCCACUUCUGGAGCCUGGAAGGAGGCAGCCUGAGCAAACGGCAGGGCAUCUUUGAGAAACACGAGAAGCCCAAGUAUGUUCUGUGCGUGGCCUUCACGGAGAACGGGGACACCGUGACCGGCGACUCGGGGGGCAACCUCUACAUCUGGGGCAAAGGGGGCAACCGGAUCUGCCAUGCGGUGCCAGGCGCCCACGAGGGGGGCAUCUUCGGCCUCUGUGUGCUGCGGAAUGGGACCAUCCUGACGGGGGGCGGCCGGGAUCGCCGGGUGGUGCUUUGGGGACGGGAUUACCAGAAGCUGCAGGAGAACGAGGUCCCGGAAGGCUUUGGGCCGGUGCGCACCAUUGCCGAAGGGAAGGGCGACUCGCUCUUUGUGGGCACCACACGCAACUCCGUGCUGCACGGGUCCCUGUCGACCGGCUUCUCUCUGCUGGUGCAGGGACACACGGAAGAGCUUUGGGGCCUGGCCACGCACCCCACCCUCGAGCAGUUCCUGACCUGCGGCCAGGACAAGCAGGUCCACCUGUGGAGCGUGGCCUCCCACCAGCCUCUAUGGAGCAAGGGGAUCGAGGAUGCGGCUCGCUCGGCUGGCUUCCACCCCAGGGGCUCGGUACUGGUGGUGGGCACCGUCACGGGCAGGUGGCUGGUGCUAGACACAGAGACCCGGGAUCUGGUGGCCAUUCACACGGACGGAGGAGAGCCCAUCUCCGUGGUCAGCUUCUCCCCAGACGGGAAGUACCUGGCUUUGGGGUCCCACGACAACUUUGUCUACAUCUACCUGGUUUCUGAGGGUGGCAGGAAAUACGGCCGGGUUGGCAAAUGCUCGGGACACUCCAGCUUCAUCACCCACCUGGACUGGGCCCUCGACAGCAGCUGCCUGGUCACCAAUUCGGGGGAUUAUGAGAUUCUGUAUUGUGAGUAUCCGGAGGGCUGA